GUUUCAAUUGCUCAAAACUUUUAUCUCCGACUUUGCUCACGUUUCACACCAUUUCACGUUUGCUCAUGCCAUUUAGAUUCAACCAGCAAGUGGUGGCCGAGCGGUUGAGACCGCUCUUCGAGAAGCUCUACGAGAUGACUGACUCUGCAGACGGCCACGCGGUGUCGGAUGCGUUCCAUAAGUUGCCGCCGCGCCUGUUGACGGAGUACUACAAGGUGAUCAGGAAGCCGCAGUCGCUCCACCUCAUCCGCGUCAACUUGAACAACAAGCGGUACCUCAACCCACAGGGCUUUGUUAACGAGUUGGCACAGAUUACGUGGAACGCACGUUUCUUUAACGAGAAGGACUCGUGGAUCUACUCUGACGCCGAGGUCAUCGACGACUACCUCCGCAACGAGGUGAUUCCCACGAUCAACAGCGACCCGCAGCUCAACCACGACGGCGCAUACCAGGUCUUCUACCCGGACUUAGGUCCGUUGGACGACGUGGCAGGGUACGAGGAACCUGAGUACGAGGCUGAGGAUGUCGACAAUAACUCUGAGUACGAGGAGGAGUACGUUGCGCCGAGCGCGACUGUUAGCGCGGUCGCGGGCACGCCGCUUUCCACACGCGACUCCACGCCUGCGCCAUACGGGGCUGCCACAUUCCCCAAGAAUACCAACUUCGAUGCGUGGGUCAAGCGCGGCCGUCCGCCGGUCAUCGACCGCCCACACGAACAGCGCAUCAAGAACGUGUUGCGCAACUUGAAGAAGGUCAAGGCCGCGUCCGGGCGCGAUCUCUAUCUCACGUUCGACCGCCUUCCGUCGCGCGAGGACUUUCCAGAGUACUACGCGGCCGUUAACAUGCCCACCUCGUUCGACACUAUCAAGAUGAAGAUCAGACAGCGCAAGUAUGCGGACGUGGAUGCAUUUGUGCGGGACUUGCAGCUUAUUGUGGCCAAUGCCACAUUCUUCUAUGACCCGCAGAACCCGGUGUACCAAGAUGCGGUGCGCUUGGACUCCAACUUCCAGGAGAUUUUGGCGGCCGAGAUGGCCAAGCCGGACUCUGCGUACAUGGAUCCACAGCAGGGAAUGCGCAUCCCUUUGGACCUGUUGGACGUGGAUGGUCAGACGUACCAGAUCGGUGACUGGGUGUUGCUCAACAACCCGAACGACGUGACAAAACCCACCGUCGGCCAGGUGUUCCGCUUGUGGCAGACACAAGACGGCAAGCGCUGGGUCAACGUGUGUUGGUACUACCGUCCCGAGCAGACGGUGCAUCGCUUCGACCGACUCUUCUAUGAGAACGAGGUGUUCAAGACAGGCCAGUACCGUGACCACCUCGCGGAGGAGAUUCGCGGGCACUGUUAUGUGGCGUUCUUCACGCGCUUCCAGCGCGGGGACCCCGCGUUCCAACUUGCGGGGCCGUUGUUCAUCUGUGAGUUCCGCUUUAAUGACUCCAACAAGGAGUUCAACAAAAUCCGCACGUGGAAGGCGUGCCUCCCGGACGAGGUGCGCCACGUAGAGGACCCCAUCGUGCCGUUGCCAGGCGGCUUGCGCAAGAUGCCUAAGUUCGACUCACCGCUCAAGCACUUGUUGCCUGCCACUGCCACCGAGGAUAUGCCCAUGCCCGAGCCGGUCAUCGGGUAUCCUAAUGCUCCGCCAGUCAUUGGUGGCGUUUACUUGAGACCGCCGUUCACCGGUGAUGACACCUUAGGCGAGUACUCGUCGUCUGCCAAGGCGAAGGAGAAGCAGCGUUUGAACUCGCCUAGCGUCGGCCUGCCGCUUGGGCCAUACAAGACUGGGCCCUUGAUCACCAACGCUAGUGUCGCCAACAGUGCCAUGAACGGCUUGGCCGCCAUCUCCCCGGGCAUGAAACGCACGCCCGUGAAGGCUCCGGCGCCUUAUGGGCUCGCCUCACCGCUGUACAAGACGAAUCUGUCCAUACACCAUGCCACCACCGCUUAUACUAUGCCGUCUCUGACAAAUGCCUACACGUUGCCAGCCGUCCAGGACACGUUAACGGGGCUUUUGGGCGACGUGCGCGUGAUGGAUGCGGUUAACAGCCACCGCCGGGUUAUGGGCGCUAUGUUCGACACCAGUUCCGCGCCCUCACUGAUCUGGCUCCGCGGCCCGCCCGUCAAGGUGGCUGCACGCGUCCACACCCACCACAACGACGUGUUUGAGAACUGUUUUGUUAACAGGGUUGCGAAGCAGGGUGUCAGUGUGGCUGCUGGAGAGGAAGCGAACGAUGAGCGCAUGAAGAGACGGUCACAGGACAGGGAGCACGACGAGUAUGUGGAGGCACCGGGAGCUGGGUUUGCCGACGGGGUGGGGUUAGGACACAGUGCGAAGUACUUGGCGUAUGUGAUUAAGCGGAGAAAGGCUGCGAGUGCGAGAGUGAGUGCGUAGCAUGAACUCGAGAGAUGUCAAACAUGUAAUAAUAGUGAAGGGGAUCCCAAGUAGAGAUCUCAGUAUCUUAAACUGCUUGAGUAAAGCCAUAAUCAGUGAAUUGAAGCUGGUGAGAUCGCGAUGCAAGUACGUAGUUCGAGUGCAGACAGAAAUGGUAUGGAACCACGGGUAUCGUAAAGACAGCAAUGCCGAUGCAUAAGUCAUGGAUAUAAAUGAGAGCGGCAAUACCUUGAUUUCUGGAGUUUAUACAUGCAGCUUAUAUAAUAAAUACAAGAUCCGUAUUGGGAUC